GUCGCCGUCCUUCUUUGUCGGAGAAGCCAGCGAAGGAUCCGUGCAGUUCCACGGCUGCUUUCGGUGCUGCUGCAGUCCUCGUAACCUCCAAGUCAAUGCUGGGAGAAGAGCAUCAGAGCGUUUGCCGUCAAUCCGGGUGUAAGAGGCGAGUCGAGACGCGAAUCGAGGUGGCCAACCCAUCCCUUCGAGAGGAGAAUGCGCUGCGCUGCGGGACCCUUCUCUGCUUUUUCCUGUCCAGCACACUCAAACAGAAGGUGAUAAACCACUGGCGCUUGGCCAUGCAGAGGGAACGGCGGCAGCCGAAACUGGACGUGCGAGCUUUCCGUGCUUGGCGGCUGCAGCUCUACUUGUGGGCCUGGCAUGCAGCCGCGGUGUCUCAACAAGGUGGGGCUCCUGCGGCCUCCCUUCGCCUGGUGGCUCUCCUCCGAACGCGACGGCGGAAGGACCUGCUCUCAACAGCCUGGGCAGGCUGGCAGGUGGGCUCCACGGAAGUGGCCCGCGUGCGGUCAAGAGCAGCCGAUGCUCUGUCCACUCUGCGAAGAUUUGACUUGGCCUAUGCUAUCCUGCAAGCCUGGCACGGCGCCUUGGUCUUCGCCAACAUCCAGCGGAGCCAAGUCGAAGCUCCGGAGCUCCAAGAGCUCCAGGAGCCAGUCUGCCUCAGACCUGUACAGAGUGCCGUGUUUCAGCCGGUGCUCACGGCCUACGCAAGGACACCACCCGUGCCCGUGACGGAGCCUGUCACGACUCUGGCAGAGCCUACGACGCGACCUCUCCGCCGCGAACCGCGGAAUUUGGAGAUCCCUUCUUUCUCCAGGACGAUGUCCAGUCUCCUGUGGUGCUGGCGGCGCCUGGCUGCAGCUGGGAAGCUCCAGCGGGCGAGGAGCGAAGGGGUCCUGCGGAACCAGCGCACCUGGCUGAUCUUUGCGGUGGAGUCUUGGCGCAGGUCUGUGCUCCUCAGCAAGGUUGCGGAGGUGAAGCAGCGGCUCUCCAACCGCUCCUUCGGGCUCCUCCUCCUCUCGAGCCGGAGGGGCGCGGCGGCGGCUAUCUGGCACUGCUGGCGCUGUGCUGUGCUGCUGCUCUCCUUGGACCGCCGGGCCCUCCGCGCCGCUUCUCAGCUUGCGCGGCUCGGCGCCCGGACGAAGGAGGCCUUGCGCGGCGCGUUUCGCUGCUCCUUGGUCUUGGUGCUGCUUCGAGCCUGGCAUUGGCUGGUUUCUGCUGGCAAGCUGCACUACAGCCGUGGGAGGCUUCAAGGAGAAUUGGCCCUUGCGCUAGCCCGCGGCCAGGCCUUGGAGCGGCGUUGCUCGUCGCUGGGUCGCGAAGCCGACGCCCUCCUCCUGCUGGCCGCUUUGGGCCGCUGGCGGGGCCAUGUGCAAGCCUUUCGAGUGCUCAGACGGAGCGGGCUGGCCUUCCUCGCGCGCGAGCCACCGCGGCCGCCUGUCCAGGAGGCCUGGCUGCUUUGGCGGCUGCUGACAAGGCAGGCGCGUGAUGCGGAGGCCGCUCUUCAAAACUCCGCAGCCGAAGUGCGGCAAUCUUGCCGUGAUGCCACCCGCAGGUGUUUGGUCUCCAUGGCUGUCCUCCGUGCCUGGCACGCUCUCGUCACCGAUGCGCGGCACCUGAUGCAGACGGUUGCGCAGAGGAAGGACGUCCAGGUGCUCCUGGAGUCCCAGAAACAACGGGCGUUGCUGCUACUGGGCGGUCGGCAGACGCAGCGGCCGCUACUUCGGAUCCUUCGUGUCUGGAACGGGCCCUGUGGCACAACGUAUGCCAAGUCUUCGUUUUGCAAAAGCAUGUAA